AUUCCAGCACGUUGUGGCCUGGUCGUGUGCUUGUUUCACACAGGUUGUGACAACGCAUCUUCCACUACCAUACAGCCGUCUUCAGUUGUAUCAGAUGUAGUGAUACGUGCACCUAUUUUCUUUUCCCUUUUGUUAUUUUUGAAUAAGAUCAAACAAAGGGGCGAUCUGAAAAGUACUACAACGCGUCCUAGGAAAGUCUGCGACAGCCAGGAAGAUCAGGGGGAAAAUGGCGGUCGACAGACGAGACGAAAAGGAUGGAGAGCUCAAUGUCCUCGAGGAUAUCCUCACUGAAGCACCCGACCAAGACGACGAGCUCUACAACCCAGAGAGCGAGAUCAGCGAGAAAAAAGGAUCGAAAAGGAAGAACACCAGAGGGGGUGGACAGGAGUCCAAGCGCAUGAGGUCCUCAGGAGGUGGACACUCCACCAGGCAGCUGAUGAAGAGGGGACCCCCCUCCAGCGGGGCCAACGGGAAGAAACUGUCAAAUCCUCGGGGCCGACACACGGCAGAGGAACUGUACGACGACCGUAGGAACCACGGGGUAAGAGGAGGCCACUCCCGAGGACAGCCUUCGAAAGGCCACAGCGAAAAGCCCCUCACUCGAAGCAGAGACACACAGAGGAGGAUCAAGCCCCUCAUGCCGGAGCUGUCAGAGAAGCUCCGGCGCACCAGCGAGGACAGCGUGGGCCAUGUGAGCCGCUCGUCGAAAGACGAUGUCGCCCAUUCAGAGGAGUAUGCCUCCGAUCAGGAGUCCUCUGCCGCCUCCUCCGAAGGCCAGCGCUCCGACUUGGAAGAAGAGGUGGAGGAGGAAGAGGAGGAGGUGAUGGAAGAAGAAGAGGAGGAGGAAGAGGGAGAGAAAGAUGGCGAGGAGGAAGAAGAAGAGGAGGAAGAGGUAGAAGAAGAAGGCGAGGAGGAGGAAGAGUACGAGCUGGAUGAUGGAGAUCAGCGGGAAGAGGCAGAGCAAAAUGACUACGACACGCGCAGCGAAGCCAGCGACUCCCGCUCAGACUCCGUCUCCUUCUCCGAUGGCGAGUCUGUGCGCUCUGGGUCGGGCUCUGAGGCCUCAGGUUCGGAGAAAAAGCAUGAAAAGCUUCCAUCCUCUGUUCGUGCUGUUCGAAAAGAUCAGACAAGCAAGCUCAAAUACAUCAUUCGAGAUGCCAGAUUCUUUUUGAUCAAGAGCAACAAUCAUGAGAAUGUUUCUCUGGCUAAAGCAAAGGGCGUGUGGUCCACGCUACCAGUCAAUGAGAAGAAGUUGAACGCUGCCUUCAGAGCUGCCAGAAGUGUCAUCCUCGUCUUCUCCGUCAGAGAGAGCGGAAAGUUUCAAGGCUUCGCCCGUCUCUGCUCCGAGUCACACCACGGAGGCUCUCCCAUCCACUGGGUAUUGCCUGCUGGCAUGAACGCCAAGAUGCUCGGAGGAGUCUUCAAGAUUGACUGGAUCUGCAGGCGUGAGUUGCCCUUCACCAAAACUUCUCAUCUUUCCAACCCCUGGAACGAGCACAAGCCUGUGAAGAUCGGACGAGACGGACAGGAAAUCGAGCCAGAGUGCGGCACCCAGCUGUGCAUGCUUUUCCCCCCUGACGAGAGCAUUGACUUGUAUCAAGCCAUUCACAAAUUGCGUCACAAGAGGAGGAUGCACUCGGAGUCACGUUCCCGGGGACGGCCACCCCACCGCGAGCAGCCCGCCCCCCGCGACCUGGGAAGGCGUCGACCUGAAGAGUAUGACAUUCACAACAGGAAACGGCCCAGGAUUGACUAUCCACCAGAGUUCCCUCAAAGACCAGGCUUCAUGCAAGAUCCGCGUAAUCCACCAGUGGAUAGACGUUUUUCUGGAGUGAGACGGGAUGUCUUUCUCAAUGGGUCUUACAAUGACUACAUGAGGGAAUUCCACCACAACAUUGGGCCUCCACCUCCUUGGCAGGGAAUGGCACCAUACCCAGGCAUGGAGCAACCUCCUCACCACCCCUACUACCAGCACCAUGCGCCCCCUCCCCAGGCCCACCCACCCUACUCUGGGCACCAUCCCGUGCCCCACGACGCUCGCUUCCGAGAGAAACGGGUGGUGCGCUCGUCCUUCUCCAGUCUGGUAAUGACUCCAAUCCUUCCAGCUGCACAUGAUACACAUCACGACUAUGAUAUGCGUGUGGAUGACUUCUUGCGACGCACCCAAGCCGUUGUGAGCAGCAGACGCAGCCGCCCUCGUGAGCGGGACCGCCAGCGAGAACGUGAAAGGCCACGGGACGCUAGGCGGGACCGCGAGAGGGAGCGUGGACGUGAGCGGGACCGGGAGAGAGACCGCAUGAGGGAGCGCGACAGAGAGAAGGAGCGAGGCCGCUACCGCAGAUAAGGCGGAGGCCGUCAACAUAGUGGCAGUUCUGUUAUAAACCUCCUUCCUUUACCCGCCUCCCGUUUUCCAGUGCUUUAGUAUUUUUUAAGUGAUUGAAUUUCAUAACUUCUUAAUUUAAUCAAACAUGAUUUUUAUUUUCCGGUAAGCGUGUUGUGCAUGCUCUCGGUAUAAAACCAGACCCUUAUUUUCUCAGUUUUUAGCUCCCCCUCUUUUUUUUUAUUGCUGAAGGGCCUCGUCAUCAUGUGUUUAGGCUGGAGCCAGGAGAAAAAGCUGUUUUUCUGUACUUUUUUUACUUGUGUAUAUGUACAUAAUUGCAACAUUUGAACCCAUCAACCUUUCCCUUUGCUUUACUGUACGGUUCUUGUAUGAAGAAAAGUUUGGUAACCUGCACUUGCCACAGUGUCUUUGUGUUCUGUGUUAUAUUGUACAUGAUGUAAGCUAAAAGGAGCGUUGUACUGUACUAAUGGAAAUGACAGUGUUCUAGCAGUUACACCUCUUUUUUGGCUUUUAUUGUUUCCAGCUUUAUAGUGGAUUGUAAAAAAAUAUAUAUUGUGACGAAUCCACCUCUUGUCCUGAGUCUCCGUUCACUGCCGAAUGACUCAAUGUCUUGAAGAGUGAAGGCUACGAUUGCGCUGUGAAGACCUUUUUUGGUGAAAACAAGGUUGUAUCUUUUAUUGAUGCUUUUUGUACGCAAAAAAAUAAAACAAAGGCAUUUA